ACCAUCGGCGGACAACACGGAAGCGCUCGAAGCUUCGCUUGCAACUUUACUUGCGCGCUGAUAAAGGUAUCGACAGAAGAAUUAUAAUGAAGUGUCCCUCGGCCUACAGCAGUAUGUUCGUGCUCGUGAGCACACUCGCCUUCCUCCUAGUCUCGGCGAACGCCGCGCCAAUCGAACCUGAUGACGAACAAUCGGAAAAUACGCUAGUGGCCCACGACAGUAACGACAUGGACAUGUCCGGAGUGCCAUGGGAUGCCGUCAAUGCCGCCGCGCUUCGCAAGCUGCUGCUCCAACUUGAUGCCGAGGAAAGGUUGGGUAUGGGACGCGUCGGGCGCUCUUGGCCGCAGGCGGAGCCCCGCGGCUGGAGCCGCACGCUGGACGGGCGCCUGGUGCGGCCGUGGCGCGCAGACAAGCGCCAGGUGCGCUUCAGGCAGUGCUACUUCAACCCCAUCUCCUGCUUCCGCAAAUGAACGAACCAGCGACAACAAACGACUCGCUUCAACGCUCUAGUGUUACGGUUAAUGCUCAUUUCAACUGUUCUGGAUUAACGUCAUUCUUGUUAGGUUUUGUAUUGAUGACUAUUAUAAACUGUUUAAAAGUAAUUUUAUAAAUAUUUUAAAUUAGUCAUUUGCUUCUGAAUAUUUAACUCAAUCUUUCAUUUAAUUAAGCGCAUAACAAAGUGGCGCUUCCCGCGGCGUAGUACGGUCCUACGUUUCUAUAACUGUUUCUGAUCGAGUCGUUGAACCGUAGGUAUAAACUUUUCGCAAUCGUCUGGAAGCGCCUAACUUUGUAUAAAGUUCUACAGUCUUUGAAAUAAACUCUUGAAAAAUAAUUGUAUCAUAAUAUUAUCAUUAUGAUGCAAUCCUAUUGUAGUUCAAUUCUAGGGUAAGUGCAUCUAUUCUUCUACCUGUUACAAACAUCUAGUCAUAUCUUCUCUUCUUAUAUAGUUUAAUUUUCACGUUCAACUGCAUGUAGAUAUAGCAAUACGAGAUGGCAUCACAGUAUGCGACUGAUUGGUUAUGGUUAUGGUGUUCGUGUAAAUAAAAUCUUACAUUCGGCAGAGAUAAGUAAAAUAUCAAGAAAAGUAAUCAAUAAACAAGGUUGCGUAGGUCUUACUUUAGCAAGAUCUCAGUCUGACGCUGUCUUUCUAAACUUUCAUACUGAGCUGGCUUCGUAACAUUUAUAGGACUGAGACCUGGCUCAGUGACGCAUUCUACAACACUGAUAGGGAACGCAACCUUGUAUAAAAAUUACCAGUCUUCAUGAUUACUUAUUUUUGCUUUUUAAAAGCUAAAGCUUACUGGUCUAUGUAACUUAAGUAUUAAUAAAGCCAAGGGCGUUAUUUAUUGUAAAUGUCAGAAAAUAGAGAAAUAAAAUGUUAAAUAACGCAAGUCUUGUAACAGUUAUCUUUAUCUUAAAGUAAAUAAAAGACGUGACUUGC